GAGCAACUGGAGAAUGAAGGAGAGAGAACAAGAGAAAAUAGACGCCGAAUUAGCGACGAGCGGCGAAGAACGGAGCGAGAAGCAGCAAAGCAAAAAAGGCGUCGACUGAACGAAGACGAACGGGAAGGAGAAGGUAAGUGGAUAUCUUCAAAUUUAAGCUUCCUUUGUGCCGAGGUUAGCUUACUGUAAAUAUGUAUCGGAUGCAAGGCGUUGUGGCUUUUGCGAAAUUAUUUUUUUCAAAAAAGCUUACUGUGGAACGUCAGUUGUAGCUUUGUUUGUUUACUCAAUAACCUAGUCGUGAUUGCAUCAGGACCAACCACAAGUCAAUUGUUGUCACGCAGCGUUGAAAUGUAAUUUUACUUGAAUGAGAUAGAGUAAAAGCUUUAAGUGCUCCUCGAUUUAUUUCGUACUUUCUGAUGUUGAAAGUAAGGUAAUCUUAAAUGUGCAAGUUAUGUAAUUCCAUCGAAAAGUUUCAGCAUUGUUAUUUUUUCCGUCCUAUAUAUCCGACCGUGCAAUGAAUCGCUGAAUGAAUUAAUGUGAACUCCUCUUGUGACAGUUGUUUGUCACUCCUGUAAGCUUAUGUAAACUAAAACCUCCUAUUUUUCCUAUUUUUUAGCUGGUGAAGCCAAAAUUUGUUACAAAAUUGAAAAUGGAAUUAUAGUUGUAUGUGUUUUUGAGUGA